UGCGAAAGGUAGAAAAUGAAGUAUUCUAUUCUAUCAGAGAGGAAAGAAAGAGAAGUCCCACCACGUCCACAUGGCCCAUUGCACCUUUCGUCUCCUCAUCCCUUCGCUCCUCCUUCAACAAAAACUGGAAAACCCCAACUCUCUCUCUCUCUCUCUCUCUCUCUCUCUCUCUCUCUCUCCCCCCAUUCUCAAAUCUCAAUCAAUCUCGUCUUCUUCAGGCACUUCGUCCCUCCCCGUAAUUACACUACUCUGCCACUCCCCCUUCCUGUUUCCCCCCUCUCUCUCUUCACUCUUCUUCAGGCACUGUGAUCCCCUCCCUCCCUCUCCUAACGCCACAUUCUCUUCAAGCGCCCAUUGUUGCCUUCUUCUCUCUCUCUGAGCUGGGGCGACGGAGUUAUGAAGCAGCGGUUGGAGCUGGAUUUUAGAUCUAAUUCGUCACUGGUUUCCGCUGCGAGUGGAAGCUGUUUAGCUAUUUUUUAAAAGUGAAGGAAAGAGAUAACAAAAAAAAAUCCAAUCAUUGCAGUGGUGUGUGUUUGUUUGCUUCCUCUCUGCUUGGUUGUUGGAAGAAGAAAGAAGUGAAUGAGAAGCGAAGUUAGGUUUUAGUUUUAGUUUUUUUUUUUUAUUGUUGUUUCCUCGAUCUGUCAGUUGGUAGCGGAGAAGUGAACAAAAAAUGAAUCGAAGUUUUAGGGCUCAGGACUCGCAGCAAAUGCAACAGCUGCAAAUGCAAGCGGCGGUGGUGAAGCAGAGGCAGCAAUUGAGAGCUUCCAUGAUGAAGGAGAAGGAAGAGGAGCUCGCCUUGUUCUUGGAAAUGAGGAAGCGGGAGAGAGAGCAGAACAGCAAUCUUCUUCUGCUCAAUGAGGCCGGCGAUUUUGAUGCGCCGUUAGGUUCAAAGCCUGGGACGUCGCCGAUAUUCAACAUCCCGUCGUCGACUCCGGCGAGGAAAACCGGUGGUGAUGAUUUUCUCAACUCGGACAACGAUAAGAAUGACUACGACUGGCUUCUAACGCCUCCUGGAACCCCUCUUUUCCCUUCCUUGGAGAUGGAAUCGCAAAAGACUGUUAUGAGUCAGAUUGGCACUCCAAAGGCUCGCCCUACUGCACUCAAGUCUAGGGUAAGAUUAUUUUCUGCUUUAGCAAAUAACCAGCCUGAGAGCACAGCUGGUGGCAACUUGCUAUCCAGACAAUCAGCUUCCUCCCCUGGGUUGAAUUCUUCUACCAUUGGGAUCCGUAGGCCGUCGUCAUCCAGUGGACCUGGAUCAAGGCCUGGAACGCCGACCGGGCGCUCAACAUUGACAACAUCAUCUAAACCUGCAAGAUCUUCAACACCUACCUCCCGAGCAAGCUUGCCUUCGUCUAAGCCCGCUCUUAGGUCGAGCUCCGCUGUAGCUAAGCCAACUGGUCCUCCUCCAGCUAGAUCAACAACAGCUUCAGCAACCAAGCCUACAGUUCCUGCGAGAUCCUCUACACCAACAAGGUCGACACCGAGAUCUUCAACACCAACAAGGUCGACAGCAAGAUCUUCAACACCAACAGCAAGACCCUCUAUUCCACCACCUCAACCCAGGCCAGCUUCAAGGCCGGCAACUCCAACUCGAAGACCAUCAACCCCAUCUAGUGCACCUCCAGGGAGUAGAUCCUCCGCGCCACCACCACCAAUCAAAUCGUCAUCUGCUUCAGUCGUUACCAAGUCAGUUCCUACAUUAUCCAGAAAUCCAGUGCCGUCAUCACGUGGAAGUUCCCCAGCACCCAAGUCCAGGCCAUGGAAGCCUUCAGACAUGCCUGGCUAUUCACUAGACGCCCCGCCAAAUUUAAGGACCUCAAUAUCAGAUAGGCCCACUUCAGCUUCCAGGGGCAGACCUGGAGCACCAGCUUCUCGAUCUUCCUCUGUGGAGCCAGUUGCCAAUGGAAGAAUAAGAAGGCAGUCGUGCUCGCCUUCACGAGGACGUGCCCCUAAUGGCAACAGCGGGGGAUCUGUUCCUGCAGGGAGUCGCUUGUAUGCAAAAGCUAAUGACAGUGUGAGCCCUGUCCUCAUGGGGACCAAAAUGGUUGAGAGGGUGAUAAAUAUGCGGAAACUAGCUCCCCCUUCUAAACAAGAUGACAACAGACACUCUCCACAUGGUAACUUAUCGGCCAAGUCUUCAUCACCGGAUAGCUCAGGUUUCGGAAGAACUCUGUCCAAGAAGUCUCUGGAUAUGGCCAUCAGGCAUAUGGAUAUAAGGAGAACCAUUCCAGGUAAUCUGCGGCCAUUGAUGACUAACAUUCCAGCAUCAUCAAUGUACAGUGUUAGAUCGUCAGGCCCUCCACGAAGUGGCAGAACUAUCAGCGUUUUGGACUCACCUCUUGCAACAAGCAGUAAUGCUAGUUCUGAGCUGAGUGUCAACAACGGUGGUCUCUCCUCCAUGGAAUUGGAGGAUGAUAUUGGUGGGAUCGAAAGACAUGGCCGUUCUCCAAUUCGAGGCAGGUGACGAAUCCUUGUUCGUGGAGAGGAGCCUCCGAGCCUGGCCUGCCGUCUCUGAACCACCCCCACCCAUCCUGUCUCAUGUCUAGGUUCAUAAUGAUAUCAUAUAUAUUGUGUAUUAUUAGUCCGAGUCUUCUUUCUUGCAUUCAUAUCUUGGUGUGGUUUGCAAGGAAGGGAAGAGAAUCCUAUUUCCCUGGUAGAAAAAAAGAAAAGAGAUGCCUAACCGGAGUCUUAGACUCUGUAUUUGAUGUAAAGUAGAUUAGGUUGAAUGCUUCGAUUUGGCAAUCCAAAGUUUUCCUCACGGUGUAUGUGUGUUGAACCAAAACAUUGUAGGGCUUUUUUAGUUGUUCCUCUUCUCUUCCAAGUGUGCUGGUGUAAUGUACCAAGUUACCAUGUCAGGUUCUACCAUUGAUUUCUAGGGAAACAUUUUCGAUUCCCACCUCUGAAGGAAAUCCAGAAUAGUAUCCUGCAGCCGUAAGGACUACGGCUUGGGUCGGUGUUGCUUCAUCAAU